GUGCUGCGCGACCGCCGCCGCAGCGUGGUACAGUCCGCCUAACAGUAAUAAUAGAAAUGCUAAUUUAACAACCACGUCCGUUUAUUUACAGUGACGUUGUGUGAACUAUACGAUCAUGGUGUUAGCAAUGGAAGGUUGCCACUAAAUUUUAAACAGCACAUAAUCGAGUUUGUUUGCAUAAAAUAAUAAAAACUAUUGUUUAAAAUGAAUAGUGCUUUAUAAUAUAAAUACUUUGGACAAGUGCAGUGAAAAUAGAAACAAUGGAUACGAACAUACACUAAGUGAAGUGAUUCCUAAAAGUGCUAAAAAAUGGAGGGUGCAAUAUUGAGCACCCAAAGUAAUAAUAGAUUUCGUACGCAUUUAAAGAAUGCAGCCACAGUUUUGUGCGCUAGGACGCUACCGAAGUCAAGAUGCAGCGAACAAUCUGCUAGUUCUUCCCGACAUCACACAUACCCGCGGACAAGUCCCCCGAAGAGGGCAUCCAUUCCCUGUAGAAUGGAACCUCUCAUGUGUGAAUUACCUCAAGCAUCGACGCUGAAACAAGCCGAAACUGUUCAACGUGAAAUUGUCUCCCAAACGACUAGUACAGCAAAUGGCGUAGUUAAGUUGAAGAGUACAUUGGCGAGGGAGGUGGCGCAUGCUUGGGAGUGCCGCAUUGGCCCGCCCGACCAGCCGGCGCCCGCCCACCGAGUACAGAGCCUCUUCAACGAUAUCGAACUGUAUCCAACUAAAACCCAGGUUUUUGAAAUGCUGGUUUGCGCGCGUCAAUGUGCACGACGAAAAUCUCUAAUACUCACGUUUGGAGAAUUUUGCGUUUUUGCAGCCGAGCUACGACGCUGUUCAAGACAAACUAGGCAGACAUCAAACAAGCCCGAGUCGCCCUUGUGGAGCUCGGACAAGGAACUUCGGGACAAGGAAGCCAUAUGCAAACAUGUUAACGGCAGCGAGGCGUCGCCACCUCCUCCUUGCGAGGUGUUCCUGGGAGGGUCCUGCAACCCGACCACAUGGAGAUCAGACAUCGCUAUUCCUAUGCUUAAGAAGAUGGGCAUCACAUAUUUCAAUCCUCAAGUAGACGACUGGUCGACGGAGUUAAUAGAAGUGGAACAUCGUGCUAAGGCAGAGGCACGAGCUCUAUUAUUCGUGUUGGACAGCGAGACCCGCGCUGUAGCCGCGAGUGUCGAGGCUGCGCAUUUAGCAGCCGCGCCCCGAGACCUGCUGCUCGUACUGCGACCAUACUCGCGACAUCAGAACAUCGGCCGCGAGACCAUCUCUGACCAAGAGUACAUUGAGCUGUCGCGAGCUCGAGCGACAUUACAAGAAGCAGUCGAACGGCGAGGACUUCCCGCCUUCACAGAUAUACCAGCGGCGUUACGAUGCGCACGCGCUGUUCUUCGAGGGGCGCGAACGCACCCGCGUCACUCUUUGGGUCACACGAUUCUGCGACUGAAACGUGUAUACGACGCAGCUGGCGGCAGAAACGCGCGAUUACCUCGCGCACGAGCCAUCGAAGCGCUCAAAGAUGCGACGCGGGCGCCUCGCGAUCUCGCUGAACGUUGCCUACCGGCUAACGCUGAUACAAUUGAUUUCGAAUCCUUUUGUGCUGCCGUGGCGGAACUGGCCGCUGACGCAGGUUCGCAAUCACCGCGAACACCGUCCGGUUCGAGCGUAGCGGCGCGCGUGCGUCGCGCGUUUCGAUCGCUGCGAGAUUUGAUCGUCUCGUCUGGCUUGUCCCCCGAAUACCAGAGUCGUCACAACUCUGAGACGGAGAGCGCCGAGAGCGUCGCGGGGGUCGCGGGCGGAGUGAGCGGGACGGAGCGAGUGUCGAGCGCGCGGGAAGGGAACGGCCUGCGCGUGCACAACCCGCGUCUAAGAGCGUACGGACAGAAGCUCUCAUUGUUUAUACCCAAGAAUGGCAGCAACCGAAGUGCGGUAGAUGAAGGUACCGCCUCUGGUGGUAGUAGCGGUGACUCUGUGUUCACACCCGGAACCGAACGACGACUGGAACGGUUACCGGCCAUGUUGGGAGCGCCAAUUCAUGAUGUAUACCUCGGGGGAUCUUUUCCCUCUAAUAGUGCACGUCCAGACGAGAUCCUACGAAGGGAGGGUUUCACGUGCGUGAUACCGCGCGUGAACGACUACACGCGCAUGUUCUCCGCGCCCGCGCGCCGCACCGCGCCCGCGCCCGACUCGCCCUGUCGCGACAAGAAGCCGCGCCCCGACACGCGCGCGUCGCCGCCCGCCUCGCCAGCCGCGCCGCCCGCGCCCCCCUCGCCCGCCGCGCCCGCUUCGCCCGACGUCGUGCUGCGGGAGCGCGCGCCCGACGCCGACCGGCCCUGCGACCGCCUCAGCGCGUCCGACUUCUACUCGGUCACGGAGGACAUCACGCCGCAGCCUUUUAAAGGUACGUACGACGAGGAGCUGCUGCUGGGCUCGCGUGUGCUGGUUUUCGCGAUGAGUGCGGAGGCUCCGAGCUUCGCCGCCAUGGUGCUCGCCGCGCACUACAUGGGCCUGCGCCCCAAUCACACCGUUCUGCUCGUGCAGCCCAUGGACCCGCAGCGGGCUCAUCCCUACAGCGAAGCCGCUGUGAAAGAUUACAACCGCGGCCGGCACUACCUGAGAGACCUCGCCCGGCGCGCCGGCGUGCCCGUGUUCGACUCCGUGGACGCGACCGUGGCGUGCGUGGUGUCGCGCCUGCGCGUCGCGCUCUAGCGCCCGCACCGCCCCCCACCAUGUAUUCACUAAUCGCUACCUCGCCGACGUAAUACGUCCGAGGAGGAUUUCUAUGCUGCAACUGUGCAUCAGUGUCGGCCGUAAACUAGCCAAUUUUAUUACCGAAUCAACGAAAUCGUGAAUCUCAUUCAUCCUUUCCAUACGAAUUUCGAUGCUCAGAUUCCUCAUACGUAAUUCCAUAGUAUAUUAUCACAAACUACGUAAUAAAGACAUCACAAACUAACCAUCGUAACAGUAUAGGUUAUCGCGGCUAGGAGUCUCAUAUGUGUACUUAUUUCAUACGUGUUAUAAUUUUGAACACUAUAGUGUAGUACAAACAAGUCUCUCUCUUACUUCGUCACUCUCUAUUGUGUUAUAAAUGUGAAAGUGUAGGCACUUAUUUUAAUACGGUUCAGUACGAAAGAGUCGAAUGGAAGGCGAUGCAAUCGUUUCGAGUUAACAAAUCUCUGUGAUGAACUUGUUUAGGAAAUUUUAAUAUUGUGAAUUUUCAAUGCAUACAUAUAGGUAAUAGCGUAUGAAUAAUGUAGUGUAAUAACGCAGGCGAGGAACUAAAGUCGCAUGUUAACGUGUUUUAAUGAAUCUUAACAUGACAAAUGCAUAUGUCAGUACACGUCGAGCGGGGACGAAUAAUUGCUAUUCUUGAAUCCUUUCUCGAAUUUUAUUAUCUUUGAAUGAAAGAUGUUAUGAUAUUGACUGAUGGUAUUUUUAAAGUGCUGUUUGUCAUACUUUUAGGAUGUAUAGUGGGUCUUGUAGACAAUUUUCUCAAGUUAGAUCUUUAGUGUAUUGGCAUACUGCUGUUAAAAUUAUUUACGUUAUAUAUUUACUAAACCAGUUCGUAUAAUGGAAAGUACAAAUGUGUUUUGCUCAUGUAGCAAAUUUAAUAGUAUGUUGUAAUAUCGUUAAUCGAAAAGUUAUUAUGCAAAAUUAAUUGUUAUUCACCUUAUACUCAUUUUUAAUCUAGGUAUUUUAGGAUUCAAUAUACAAAUAAAAAAUAAAAUUUGCUUACAAAAUAAUCAGGCUUUUAAAGCCUAGAUUCCAUACCUAAACUAGGUAUAGCAUAGGUAAUAUUAGUUAAAUAAGUUGUAAAACGUUUGACCCACUGUCACUAAAAUAUUACAAUUUUAUAUAAUCAGCAAAUAUUAUUUGCUAGUCACACUAUCCAUUAACAUAUAUAAGUACUUUGUAAUAUUGUUUGAUAGUACAAAAAUCUAAUUUAUAGAAAAAUUAUUUCAUAUAUUAAUUGUAAUUAUAUGCCAUGUACGCUUAUUUUAAA